AUGACGAUUUCGUUUCGUGUGAACCCGGAAUACGCUAAAAUGAGCGAAAUUGUUCCGGGUUUGUUUAUUUGUGGUGUGAGUUCGUUGACGAGUGAAGAAAUCAAGAAGUAUAAAAUCACUCACAUCAUCAAUGCCACCACUGAAGUGCCCAAUUUGCGUAGCCUUGGGGAUAUUCAACGCACGAAACUGUGGCUCGAGGACACCCCACAGACCUAUAUUUAUCCCCAUUUGGAACUGCAAAGUGACCAGAUUCAAGCUAUUAUCGCCGACGGAGGUAAAGUACUUGUUCACUGUGUGGCCGGUGUGUCACGGUCGGCUUCGAUCUGCUUGGCGUUCUUGACCAAAUAUAGGUAG